CCAAACACAUUUGUUGUAGGCUUUGAAGCAGCGUCGUCUCCGGCAGUGGCUUAGGGUUUCGGUCGCGGAGAAGCCGAGUUUGUUUUCCAUUCACAAUGACAGAAGCGAACGCGGGUCCUGAAACCCCUCAGAACAACACCAUCUACAUCAACAACCUUAAUGAAAAGAUUAAGAUUGAAGAGUUGAAGAAAUCUUUGCACGCUGUUUUCAGUCAGUUCGGGAAGAUACUUGAGGUGUUCGCUGCCAAGACGCUCAAGCACAAGGGUCAAGCUUGGGUGGUCUUUGAAGAUCUCUCUUCUGCUUCCAAUGCACUUAGGCAAAUGCAAGGUUUCCCCUUCUAUGACAAGCCCAUGAGAAUACAGUAUGCAAAGGCUAAAUCUGAUAUCAUAGCAAAAGCGGAUGGUACUUUUGUUCCUAGGGAAAAACGUAAGAGGCAUGAGGACAAAGGCAACAAAAAACGGAAGGACCAAAAUGAUGCUAAUUUAGCUGGGAUGGGUCUUAAUCCUGCUUAUCCUGGUGCUUAUGGUGCAACACCUAUACCUUAUCCAGGUGGUUUAAAAUCUAUGGUACCUGAGGCUCCUGCGCCUCCCAAUAAUAUUCUCUUCAUUCAGAAUCUUCCCAAUGAGACAACUCCCAUGAUGCUGCAAAUGCUCUUUCUUCAAUAUCCUGGAUUCAAGGAAGUUAGAAUGGUUGAAACAAAGCCAGGUAUUGCCUUUGUGGAAUAUGGAGAUGAGAUGCAAUCCACAGUGGCCAUGCAGGCCCUGCAAGGUUUCAAGAUAACCCCACAAAACCCUAUGUUGAUAACUUAUGCCAAGAAAUAGAUAGAGGUUUCUUCAACUUAUGGUACGAGAAGGGCAGGAAUCAUAUAUCUUCGACAAUUUUUAAUCUAUCUAAUGUAAUGGUGUAUCGUCUUUAUUGGUGUUUACCCGUAGCAGCUUUGAUUUGUGUAAUGGUUACAGUUUAGAAAAUAACUUUCACAUUUUUAUAAAAAAAUCUGUAUUUAAUUCAUUACUAA